AGGCAGCGAGAGAGCCCAACCCUAAACACACGGCAACAACACGCCGACAUACAGAGGGGGGGGACGAAGGAAGCGUUCGACGAGGCGGCAAUGAGCUGAACAUAUUUCACGAAGAUAGCCAGUUAGAUAUCCGUAGUAUCUUCCCGUAAACUGAGUGUAAAGGUGGAAACUGGCCCCAAAAAGAGCACAGUUGUUCUUCAAAUAGCUACCCAGGCAGCCCGGCCGACCCCCCACCACCACCACUACCACUCCGCCCCUAGGCUGCUGCACCCGCUUAGCAACCGAGAUGCACACGGAGACUCGGAACAAGAAAUGUCAGCAGAGUCCUAAACAGCCGCCGGCCAAGAAGAGGAGCGCGGUCCCCGCCGUGGUCCCCCAGAGGAGGAGCCUGAGGAGCCCGGCCCGCAGCAGGAGGGACCCUGCCGGCCCCGAGCCCCGGCCCCCCGUCGCUACGCCCGCCCGCCGGCGGGAGGAAAACAACCGGAAGGGACCCCAGCCGCAGGGGGAGAACCCGCCCGAGGGGAAGGUGGAGGAGGAGCAGCGGCAGGAGGCGAAGGAAGUGAAGCGGGCGGAGAAGGCGCCGCAGCCGCCCAGGCCCAAGAAGACGCCCGUGAGGAAGACCACGACGACCGCCGCGAAGAUGCCCUCGGUGCAGAUCAAACCGGAGCCGGAGGAGAUGGAGUGCACGGCAGGUGUAGGCGAGGGCUCCCCCGCCCCGGCGGACCUGAAGGUGAAGUCGGAGAUCCAGGCCGUGAAGCUGGAGUCCCUCCCGGGGGGCUCGCCCGCCCCCUCCCCCGCCGCCCCGGCCGACCCCGCCCCCGCAGAGGACCAGACGGAGCCCGUCGACCUGUCACUCAACAAGCCACGCCCCUCUUCACUGCCGGUAUCCACGGCAACCACCACCGCCAACCCGGCCCCGGGCGGUGCCGGGGCCCCACCCAGCCUCACGUCCACGGCCACGCCCAUCCCCACCACCACCUUGCAGUCGCUGGGCUCCAUGGUCCUGUCCCCGGGCUCCAUCCUGGCCACGCAGGGCGCGGGUGGCCAGCAGAUCCUGCACGUCAUCCACACCAUCCCGUCCGUGACCAUGUCCAACAAGGUGGGCCAGCUGCAGACCAUCCCCGUGGUGGUGCAGUCCCUGCCCGUGGUGUACACCACCAUGCACACGGACGCCGUUGCGACCAGCGCCAUCACCGUGCCACUCAUCGGCAGCGACGGCCGUUCGGAAGGAUCCGUGCGUAUCAAGCCCGGCUCUGCGUCUCCGGUGGAGUACCAGAGCGACAGCGACUCGGAGAGCGGCACAGAGUCCGGCUCCGCCUCCUUCAGCACGCCAGGCCUCGACUUGGGGUCAGGUGACAUGGAGCCCGUGGACCCCGACUCUCCGGACGUGAAGCGGAGACGCAUCCACAUGUGUGACUACGACGGCUGCAAGAAGGUGUACACCAAGAGCUCCCACCUCAAGGCCCACCGGAGGAUACACACAGGUGAGAAGCCCUACCAGUGCACGUGGGAGGGCUGCACCUGGCGCUUCGCCCGCUCCGACGAGCUGACCCGACACUUCCGCAAGCACACGGGCAUCAAGCCCUUCCGCUGCACCGAGUGCGACCGCUCCUUCUCCCGCUCGGACCACCUGUCCCUGCACCGCCGCCGCCACAUCAUGAUGUGA